UAGAGUACAACCCUGCCUCACACAGGAACAGGCACAGGUCCUAAUUCAGACACUUGUCUUCUCCCGUCUGGACUACUGCAACUCGUUGUUGGCUGGGCUCCCCGCUUCUUCCAUCAAACCCCUGCAACUUAUCCAGAACACUGUAGCCUGCCUGAUUUUCAACCUUCCCAACCUUUCUCUCGACACCACGCUCCACCGCACACUCCACUGGGUUCCAGUCGAAGCUCGCAUCCAAUAGAAGACCAUGGUGCUUACCUACGGAACAGCAAAAGAAACCCUCCUCACCUCGACUCCCCCCAACACACACACACACACAAAACUUAAACAGCACUUGCACUUGACCCCUUCACCCCUUCUAGCUCUGACUUUACUGAUAUCUACGACAUUGAGGAAAAAUUUACUUUCUAUGCCUGUGAUAUGUGGUUGUCCCACCUACCUAUCUUAAGAUGAAUGCACUAACUGCUAAAUUACUAUAAUGUAAAUGUAGUAAUCAUGGCUGAAGGGGUCCUGACCUCCAGGUGGCCCCCAUUGAUUGUGUUAGUCACUGUCACUCAAAUGUCAUAUUAACAUGGCAAAAGUAAUUGCAAAAUGUGAAGAAUUGCAGUUUUAAAACUGCAACAACAAAAAGUUCCGUAAAGCAAACGUAUUUGUCUACCUUUUGUUUAAAAAAAAAAUGUGCUAAAAGAUCCCUUUGUAUGAAUAACAUUACAUACACUUUUGCUGUUCUCCAAAUAGCAUUUAAGAUUUUUUAAAUUGUAUCGAAAUGCAGUAAAUGAGUUUCAACUUUCUUAAAAUGUGCAUUACAAUCAUUCCCACACGUGAGCGUGCGUAAACCAGAACCAACUGAACCCACGUUCAACAUCGCCGCCCUCUCUACAGCCAAGCGCGUUCACGCUUUCUCUCAAACCUUCAGAAUAGCGCGGCGGGGAGUAGAGAGACUGCAGAACACCACAAUCCGUAACAAAAAAACGCGGAGGGGGAACAAGAAAGAACAUAGAAACGGAUUAUUGGAGCAUUUUUAAACGUUUCUUUCUAUUAAAGUUGGUGUUUGGUAUUCUGAGAAUGACGAGAACGUGAUUUUUUUCCUCCUGGACAUGUUUCUGUUGGAGUUUGUGAAAUAUGUUUUCGAGUGCAUUGUGGAUAGGCUGAAUGUUGAGUGUGACAUCGUAAGAAAAUUCAUUUGAUUUAUCACAGUGUUUUACAUUGAAAUGUAAUUGUUAUCUAUCAGAGCGGCAUAGGAAAUUGUAUAGAGAAACUCUUAACAACCAGAAACUCUGGGUAGUUACGCAAAAUACAAUGGUAUGUCGCUCUAUACUGAGUGUCAGAACUGAUUGUCUCAGCUGUUCAAAGUCAUUUUUUUCCGGAGACAACGGUUUUGGACAGCAAGCUUGCAUGAUAGGUUCAAUAUUGAAAUUUGGUAGGCUUUAAUACACAAGCAAAGAAGAUAUUGGGGCAUUAUUAUUCCCAAUAGCCUAUCUGUGAUUUAAAACGUUUAGCCUACAAUCUGGAUUAUGAGCUGAGUUCUAACACCUUCUGGAUAUGCAAAAUCAACUUCGAGAAUGAAGAAAAGGAAAUUGUUUUCCCGGUAGUUCACAUUGGUCUGUUUAUUCAGAAGGUAAUUUACACAUUACAUCGUGUUCAUUUAAUGUCGUCAACUUCUGAAUGUUAUGGUCAGAAACUCACGUCACUUGUUCAAAAGACUGAGCUGGACAUGUUCUGACUGUGCUCCACUGGACAUAGCCUAUUUGAACAGAGCUGGAGCCAAUUAUAUAAACUUAAUCGGAAAACUAAAGUAGAACACUAUUUUACCAUAAUUGUAAAGUUAUCAGUUUCCUUAAUACAUGGGAAAAUAAUACAACUAAUCACAUUUUAAUUGAGAUUUGGAUUUUAACACUGGUGGAAGGAUUGCUUCGGUUGCGCACUGGAAGCGGCUGAAUUUUGCCCACAGAGGCGGCUGUCGAAUUUGAGUGUGGAACACACCCCCCAAGCCGACAUGGAAGAGUGGCGGCAAUGCGGGCGAUGGUUGAUAGACUGCAAGGUUUUGCCCCCAAACCACCGGGUCGUGUGGCCUUCUGCGGCCGUGUUCGACUUGGCACAGGCGCUACGAGACGGAGUGCUCUUGUGCCAAAUGUUGCACAACCUCUCACCGGGGUCUGUGGACCUAAAGGAGAUCAACUUCAGACCCCAAAUGUCACAGUUUCUGUGUCUGAAGAACAUCCGGACAUUCCUCAAGGUGUGCCACGACAAGUUUGGCCUGCGGAACAGUGAACUGUUUGACCCGUUUGACCUGUUUGAUGUCAGGGACUUCGGCAAGGUGAUCUCAGCCCUGUCCAGGAUCUCCCACCACAGCAUCGCACAGAUCAAGGGGAUCAGGCCCUUUCCUUCAGAGGACACUGCUCUAAAUGAGGAUGACGUGUACCGGAGUCUUGAGGAGCUAGCAGAUGAGCAUGACGUGGGGGAGGAUGACAUCUACGACUGUGUUCCCUGUGAGGACGAUGGAGAUGACAUCUACGAGGACAUCAUCAAGGUGGAAGUUCGACAACCCAUGAUCAGAUACAUGCAGAAAAUGGGCAUGACAGAAGACGACAAGAGAAACUGCUGCUUAGUGGAGAUCCAGGAGACUGAGGCCAAGUACUACAAGACGCUGGAGGACAUUGAGAAGAAUUAUAUGAUCCCUUUGAAGCAAGUUCUCAGUCCACCAGACAUGGAGUCCAUCUUUGUAAAUCUUGAGGAUGUGAUUAAAGUCCACUUUGCUCUGCUGAGGGCCAUCGACCUCAACAUGGUGAGCGGAGGCAACGGUCUGGGGAAGAUCUUCGUAGACUUCAAGGAAAGAUUGUUGAUCUACGGCCAGUACUGCAGCCACAUGGAGAAUGCCCAGAAGAUACUGGAUGAGCUCAUCGCCACGCGAGAGGACGUUAAGAUGAAAGUUGAGGAGUGCACUAUGAAGGUGCAAGAGGGCAAGUUCAAGCUCCAGGACCUGCUGGUAGUGCCCAUGCAGCGGGUUCUCAAGUACCACCUCCUACUUAAGGAGCUGGUGAGUCAUUCAACUGACCGACCUGAGAGACAGCAGCUCAAGGAGGCGUUGGAGGCCAUGCAGGACCUGGCUAUGUACAUCAAUGAAGUGAAGAGAGACAAUGAAACCUUGAAGAAGAUUAGUGAAUUCCAGAACUCCAUCGAAAACCUUCAGCAGGUCAAACUGGAGGAGUAUGGCAGGCCAAAGAUAGAUGGAGAGCUCAAGGUGUCCUCCAUAGUCAACCGAACAAAGCAGGACCGGUACAUAUUCCUGUUUGAUAAAGUGGUCAUAGUGUGCAAGCGGAAAGGCUACUGCUAUGAACUGAAGGAGAUCAUUGAGCUGCAGUCGUACAAAAUGUCUGACGACCCCAUGAACAACAGGGACAUGAAGAAGUCGAGUGGAAAAAUGUGGUCCUAUGGCUUCUACCUGAUCCACCUGCAAGGGAAGCAGGGUUUCCAGUUCUUCUGUAAAACAGAGGACACCAAGAGGAAAUGGAUGGAGCAGUUUGAGAUGGCCAUGUCAAACAUCAAGCCGGAGAAAGCCACGGCCAAUCAGCACAACUUCCAGAUGCACACGUUUGAGAAGGACACCAACUGCCGAGCCUGCAAGAUGCUGCUGAGGGGGAUAUUCUACCAGGGGUAUUACUGUUCCCAUUGUGGGACUGGAGCGCACAAAGAGUGUCUAGAGUGCAUCACCAUCUGUAAAAUAAAUCCACUCGACACAGAACCUGGACUACCGCCAUCCGGUCCCAAAAUGGUGGCAGUGAGGAACUAUCACGGGAUGCCUGUUCCUCCAGGGAAGCCUCCACUCUCCUUCCAGACAGGCGACUUCAUCGAGCUGCUGAAGGGGGAACCUGACACCACCUGGUGGGAGGGAAGGCUUAUCCAAACCCAGAAGAGUGGCUUCUUUCCUAACAACUGUGUAAAGCCUUGUUUGGACCCCAAGCCUUUGUUCCAGUCCUUCCCCAGCCGGCAGCCCUCAAGGGAAACAGACUACUAUGCAUACCCGUGGUUUGCUGGCAACAUGGAGCGGACACAGGCUGACAACCUGUUGAAGUCCCACAGCAGUGGGACAUACCUGAUCAGAGAGAGGACUGCUGAGGCAGAGAGGUUCGCCAUCAGCAUCAAGUUCAAUGAUGAAGUAAAGCACAUUAAAGUCAUUGAGAAAGACAGCUGGAUCCACAUCACUGAGGCUAAGAAGUUUGAGAGUCUACUGGAGUUGGUGGAGUACUAUCAGUCUCAUUCGCUGAAGGAGAGUUUCAAGCUGCUAGACACAACAUUACGAUAUCCCUACAAAUCUAGAGAACGGGGGCCGGCUUCGCGGGCCAGCACUCGCUCUCCAGGUGAGCCCAUCCCUGCCAUUGGUGCUUCCUACAACUUCUCCUUCCUCAGUCCUCAGGGUCUCAACUUCUCCUCCUCUCAGAGCUCAGCCCCCUUCUGGUCAGUUUUCACACCGAGGGUGGUCAGCACAGCGGUGGCCAGGUACAAUUUUGCAGCACGGGACAUGAGGGAGCUGUCACUCAGAGAAGGAGACAUUGUCAAGAUCUACAGCAAGAUCGGAGGAGACCAGGGCUGGUGGAAGGGAGAGGCCAAUGGCAGGAUUGGCUGGUUUCCUUCAACAUAUGUUGACGAAGAAGGAGUUCAGUGAGGUUCUGAUGUCACCACGGCUCCUGUCCAAUCACAUCACACCUCGCUCCACAGUCCUCAGAAAGGACUAGUUGGUUUCCAGGGAAACACCAUGUGGAAUACUUUUUUGCUGGAUACUGAUUUUGCAGUGAACAACGUUUCUAUUCCGGUUUUCUUCCUACGCAUCGGCUUUGCUUAUGUUGUUUUUUUGUAAGAUCUUGUCCUGUUUGAUCUCUGUGAGGAAAAACUGGAUUCCAGUCUGUCUGCCUCUGGUUGUUCUGAGGGGGCUGACAUGAACUGAGAAACAUUGCAGAGAGAGGCCCAACAUUCUCUACGUACAGAGACUGGGGAACCUAUAGUUUUAUUACAUGAACAGACUCCUCCUUUGUUGCAGGUCUAUGGGAGGGGGUAAUAUAAUGUAUAGAUAAUUUAUUUAACAGAGAUCCUAACGAUUAAUGUGUGAAAUGGAUAUUAGCAACACAGCAGAGAAAAAGAGAUGAAGAAAAAUACAGAUUUGUGUCUCUUUGCUGAAGAUUUUGCCUUAGUUGUCAUGGUGAUGCCUUGAGGGCGUAAACAAGAGGUAGACAGAGAAACGCCAGGAUUCGUUUGUCUUGCACACACACACACACUCACUUGCCCUGACCACUAUAACAUUAUGGUGCCUUUUGAAGUGUGGUUAAUACUCACAGGAUUCGUCAGUUAUGGUCCAUGGACCACCGCCAGCUUACAGUCGAGCUCUACCCGUCCAACCUCUACUGCAGAGUGCACUAUGGAUGGAGAAGAAGAAGGAAGGGGGGAGGUGCAACAUUUGGGACACAGCUCCAGUCCUUAACCCUCUGUUCAUUCAUUCAACCCCCUUUUCAUCUGAAGACAGACAGACAGUGCCCUCAGAAGCAUUGCACUAGAGUUGGGGAACUGUUCCUGACGCAGCCAAAAAAGAACAGUGACUCACCGUGGGGUGUAAUGGCAGGUAGAAUGGGUGUACAGAUAGAAGGUUCACAUCAGUCUCAGCACUUUAAGUCUAUGGGUACUCCUCGCAAUCAACAGGGGGCAAAAAAGGGAAAUUUAAGUCAGUCUAACCCUCACCUAAUGCACUGAAUAUCUAUCUUGGUGUUCAACAUUUUUGUUGGUUUUAUUUUGUUUUAUUUAGUAAAAGACCAAACUUUACUUGCUAAAAACUGGACCAACCGUAAUUAUUUUAAAGCCAAAUGCAACUUAUUUUUUAAAUUAAUUUCCGCAUGAACUUCAACCUAGAGAUUUUUAUUAUCAAUUUGGUUGUACCUUGCCUUAUUAACAGAUGGACACAUGGUCCUGGGAUUUUAGGAAGUUUAAAAUGUUGAAAAUUCUCUGAAUUUUAUUUUUGGUGCUGUGGUGUCUGGUGAGGUAAUAUGGCAGCUCCAUGAAUUACUCAGAAUCAAAAAGUCAACAUCAUUAUGAUGAUCUACCUGAAAAUAAUAUGUCACAAUAUAAAUAUAUUGAAUGCAGUCAUACACUUUCUAGCUCCAAGGGGAAAGUGCACCAGAUUGAAUCUAGCCUACAGUGCAGAAAGCCACACUGGAUCAUUGACUGACCACAUCCAUGUAAUCAGCUAUUGAAGAUAAAGAUGGCUGCCAUAUUCUCUGGUUUCCUAACCCAUCCCAGGUCAGUUGUCAACCCCAAGUACCCUCAAUAAUCGACUGACCAGGUGAUUCAAACAGUGACAUUGGCUGAAAAACUAAGACUGAUGUGGUGGAAGAGGAAAGAGUACUGUAGGUUUCUGAUCGUAUGUGACUAUGUUGUGUGUAUUCCCACUACUCCCAAACAUAACUCCUGACACCUAAGAUAGGAAGGGUUGAUUUUGGGGGGAGUACAUGUUGGCUAAGGGGGGGGGACUACUUAGUCGCUGUUUGUGUUGUGGAGAAAACUCAAUGCAUGUGGUUAUAGAUAUUUCAACUCCUAUCAGUACAUCCUCAAAAAAAUAACUUAAUAGUGUACAUUUUUCUUUGAAUGGUUGAGUAUUUCCAAAAUGUGGUCUAUCAUGAAAUAAAUAUUUCUCUUUUUGCCUACA